UAUGGUAGCUAUCUCUGUACGGAGUUUCCUUAGUUGCUCAUUGGCGUUUAGAUGGAAAAGUGUUCAUGGCUUGAAGUCGAGAUUGUUUUAGUUUCGUCAUAAUUCGUCGUAAUUUGCUUACGUAAAGGCUAGUUUUAGUCCUGAUUUGGCGACCUUGGCCAUCUAAUACGCAUCCACAAUGGCCCAAGACAAGCCGAUAUUCGAUUAUCACGACGAAAGCCAGUCGGAAAAGUUAGCGCGAAAAACAAAAGAAUCUCCAUUUAUGGUUGUCGGACUAGCGGGUUUGGCAGCCGCAGUCGGAUAUGGAGCAUACUCGUAUAAGAACCGCGGCACAAUGAGCACCAGCGUCUUCCUGAUGCAGUUCCGUGUAAUUUCACAAGGCCUAGUAGUCGGAGCAUUGACUGCUGGCAUGAGCUACACCCUCUACCGCAACUAUAUUAGUAAACCCAAGCCUGAAGUGAAACAUUGACACCGAAAAUGCUAUUUUUUGCAACAUACUCUUAAGAUUUCUCGUCUAUUAGGUGUACAAGUGUUAGAUCAAUGUUUAUUAUGAUGAUGUAGGUUGUAUAAAUUAUUGUAAAUAACUGUGAUUGGUUACGAGUAUGUAUUUAACUACCUACGUUCACGAAAUGACUCCGGGGAUUGCUGCAGUUUGAUAGCUAGUGUGACAUCAUCAUGUAAGAGUGGGACAAUCACCUCUGAUUGGCAUUCGCAAAUGCAUUGUUACAAUAAAACACAAUUUUAGCCAAUUACAACAAACUGAGAUUGUAAUGAUUGAUGCCGCGUUUUUCGGAACUUAAAAGAUUUAUUUUAAACUAGCUGUGCCCGCGACUCGUUCGCGUGGAAUAGUGACUUUCGGGACGCGAGGCGUGUAGUACGUACUCUGUACGUUAAAAAUGUUCGCCGU